AUGCGUUCUGCGCCGUUUUCGUCAAAAAUGGUGAUACCGAUCACAGCUAAAAAUAUUGUAUCAUUUCAAAUUAGUCAACCAACUACCGAAUCGACUGCACCAAAAGAUGCAAUAUUUCAAUUCGUCUCGCAAGGAGAAGACGCCUUCUAUCUCCAAGUAAAAAAAACAAAUUUGGAGUUAUAUUCUGUUCGAUUUAAAAUAUUUUACAAAUAUAAUGAUGAAUUUUAUAAACAUCCAUAUAUGUUAUGUUCAAACCCAAAUGCUGUUACUAAAGAUCAAGAUGAAGUUUCGUUUAACAUUAGUCAAAGUGGAAAAUAUGAAACUGAAUUAAGAGAUGCUACUUUUCCGUGUAAAAUAAAGCUGCGAUGUAAUGAUUCCAAUAAUAUUCAAUCAUAUAGGAUUGUUCUUUGUUUUACGAGUAACACCAUACCAGCAAAAAUGGAUUUUUGUCUAAUUAGAUGGAUACGAAAAAUACUUGCUGGUACACUACAUCAACAUGUACAUCCUCAACUCCUAUUACCAAAAGAUUUUUUAAUAAAAGAUACAAAUCAAGAGGAAAAAGUUGUCAACUUGGGUCAUUCAACUGGAGUUUUAAUCGCCAACGUUGAAGGAACUGGAUUAACAUUCAGUCCACGUUCAGGUGAGAGAAAUGGCAAUGUAAACGAUCAAAGUAUUGUCAAAACUUAUGUGAUUCCAUCAGUGAUCACGAAACAUUCACCACCAAACGGCCGAUGGGGUACAACGAACGGACAGUAUAUUGUUGAUUUAGCAUUUGACAACAGAUAUGAUCCAGAUUCUGCUAUCACCGCAUCUGAGGUACAGAAACUCUUCGUAAAUAAUGAUAGAAUAUUAUCGGUAUGCGCUGAACGGGAUCAGUCUUGUCAUCAUUUACUCGAAUUUCCAGUUCCUGUAGUUCCAGAAUAUCACGGAAAACGCGUAUAUCUUCGAAUGAGACAUUCAAGUUCAAAAGAUUACAAUCCAAGCGAACCAGCAUUGACCGACGAAUGUUUCAUCUACCAAUGCGAUAUGCCUGUUAUUAGUACUUUGAACAUUCAACCAACUACAAUAACACAUCAUUCACAAUUAUUAAGUAGUAGUCCGAUUAUCGAUGAAGUAAUCACUCAUACAUCUUGUUUUCAACCAAGUAGCACUCAUCAUUAUUCAAAGCGAAAAACUGACAGACUUCCAACUAGAAGAAAAAGAAAGAAGGGUUCCCGAUUUGAGUCAACAAUAGUCGAUCCUGAAGCCAAAGAUUUGUUUCACACGCAACAGGAACCACAUUCCAAUUUAACAUUUAAUUUCCAGUGUAAUGAUGUGAGUACAAUUCAUUCUGCUCAAGCAACGACUGCGUCAACUGAUGCAAUCCACACAUCAUUUGCAUCGUGCCCACCAUUCAGUAAUGACAUAUAUUCUCCUGGAACACAACCGAACCAUAGCCAAACUUCUACAGUAAUGAUAAAUACGCAUCCAUCAACUCCAACAAGUGACGCUCAAAAUGACUUGUUCGCUUUCACCGUAGAUACGAUGCUGAACGAUCCUGCUUUUAAUCUCGAUGACUCACAAUUCAAAGAGGAUGCAUUUAAUAGUUUUUCCGAUUCGCCCUAG